AUGACUGAGCUGAUAACGACCGACGAGAUCUUGUUCGACGAUAUCGUGGGCCUCCUGGAUUUCAACGGCUCCCUCACACCGACACUCUUGACUGAAGAUGCCGACGCCCUCACCGCGGCACUUUUCAGUGGGGAUACGGGCUCGCCAAGCCUAUCCACUGGCAGCGAGGACUACGGCAAGCCCGACAAACACAGCCGCAAACGCGAGAGAGAGAAGACGCGACAACGACGGUAUCGACAGCGUCUUCGAGACAGUCGAGACGAGCUACAGCAACACGUUGAUGAGCUGUCCAAGGAGCUUGCACGACUGAAUAAACAAGCCGCCAUGCGUAAGGAGCUGCAAAUGUCCGCCGACGUGCUAACGCAUUCCGAAUGGGUCUCGGAAACGGUUCGACAACGUGACCAACGACGGAUGUCCGAGGCCGAACAGAGACGCCUAAUCGCCGCUGUGAACUACCAAGCGUCAUACCUCGAAGGCCUUCGACAGGCUGCUGGCAAUCGACUGAAUGGGAACGCUGUUCCCUUCGGUGAUGACAACAGUUUUAACUGCUACAACAAUGUCCCAGCAUUACACUCAAUGACGAGUGCACUGUACACGACGUACUUGCAGCAGCUUGAAGGCUCGUACGCUCGUGUGGACGGUGUCAUGGCCGCUUGUGGCUUACCGACGAUGCCCGAGACGACCGUCAACUCGACCCACAGACGGAAAGGAGACGGCGACGUGGCGUAUUUCCAGCACUUGAAUAAAGUGGUGCUGCCCUAUACUUUCGACAAGAUUUGUCAGGCAAUCUGGACGUCGAUACACGAGCAAGACGAGCCUGCGUUUGGCGCCUAUGAGUCGGCACCUGACGACGACGUGUUUAUCAAGUCACGUGUCCUUACAUCGCUCAACGUUGAGGAGACGGCGUGGAUGAGUGUGAGACCAACAGACACUGGAGUGGUACUGGAAGUGUGUGUGCAACAAGUGCCCAUGCGCUUCAACGUGUCCUCCAACCGCGAGCCAGCUGUGGCGCUAUUCCAUAACAUGCUCCACGAGUCGCUUGAAGCCGACAGGAACGAGAUGUCGAAGAGAUUGGAGAGCUUGCUGCUUGAUGACGUCUUGACUGGAUAG